UACUGAGGGCGGAGGAACACGUAUCUAAGCAUCACUCCAGACCCCAAACCUCCAGUGGGGCUGCCUCCCACACAGGGCCUGAAUCCCAGCCAGCGUCAAUGGAGGACAAGAAGAAGAAAAGGAGUCCCAAGCCCUGCCUGACCCAGCCUGCUGCAGCCCCAGGAACACUCCGCAGGGUCCCUGUGCCCACCAGCCACAGUGGCUCCUUGGCUCUGGGCCUCCCACAUCUGCCGUCCCCCAAACAGAGGGCCAAAUUCAAGAGGGUAGGCAAGGAGAAAUGCCGCCCAGUGCUGGCUGGAGGUGGGGCUGGCCCUGCAGGCACCCCACUGCAGCACUCAUUCCUGACUGAGGUGACUGACGUUUAUGAGAUGGAGGGGGGACUGCUGAAUCUGCUCAAUGACUUCCACUCAGGCCGGCUGCAGGCCUUUGGGAAGGAAUGCUCCUUCGAGCAGCUGGAGCACGUGCGGGAGAUGCAGGAGAAGCUGGCCCGGCUGCACUUCAGCCUGGACGUGUGUGGGGAAGAGGAGGAAGAGGAAGAGGAAGAGGAUGGGGUCACUGAGGGGCUGCCUGAGGAGCAGAAGAAGACCAUGGCUGACCGAAACCUGGACCAGCUGCUUAGCAAUCUGGAAGAUCUUAGUAAUUCUAUACAGAAACUGCACCUGGCGGAGAACGCGGAACCUGAGGAACAGGCAGCUGUGUAGAUGUCGGACCCAGCCAGGCCCAGCCUGCCCCUUCUCAUUCCCUUCAAACUGUGACUUUUUACGAACUCGACUGUAUAUUCCGCAGCCCCCCAGGUGCUAUGGGGAGGGGGGCAUUAGAUGGAAUUAAACUACAAAGAAAGAAAGAAAGCGGCUCCGUGACCUCCGUC